AUGGGCAGCUACAACAGGCAAGAACAGAUUGGCAAUAGUGAAGAUGAAGAUCAACACUUUGGAAGUUAUAUGGAUGAGAAUGGAGUCAUUGGAUUGGAGGUAGGAGGACUCGAACUUGAUAACCAAGAAGAAGGGGAAGAAGAUGAACAACAAAUGCUAGGCAUGAAUAUAGAAGACAUACUUGGGCAAGAUGAAGAUGGUAUUCUGUUCCCAGAAUCCCCAUCAGAGGACAGGUCAGGUGGGCAGAGCUGGGAAGAGCAAUUAGGUUUUUCCCAAAUGCCAGAAGAAAGAAGGAACCAAACUUUUAUUGGCAUUCAUGAUACAGAUGGGCUCAGCUUUGGGGACCAACCUAGUAGGUCAAUCACUUUGCCUUCUGCACUUGGACGAAGACCUCCAAGCAGGGAUCAACAGCUGGAUAUGACUGAAGAUGAGAUGGAUCAAGGGAGUUCCUUGGGGGCAUGGGAUGGGGAAGAAGAUGAAAACUGGAACACACGGCAGUUGGGCAUGCACUAUAAUGAAACUGGACAUGGAAGGCUUGAGGACUUUGAUCAAACUUCAGCAGGAGAAGAUCAAUGGGACAACCUCUCUGGAUCUCCUGGUGAAGAUUACUCUAACAUUCCAGGGAAUCAGGGAGGCAAAGCUAUCUCACCAUCGUCUCCUCCACUUCCCAGCACAUGGGACACUAGACUACUUGGCAUGUUGGGUCUAUCACCUGGUAUAGAAGAUGAGACUUUUCCAGACUCCUCACAUACAGAUAGCGGGGAAGGAUUAGCAGCCAUUCCUUCUGGAGAUCAUGGAAAGAUUUCCAGGGUUACACAGAAGUCCAACCAGACUAAAUCUUUACAAACUAAUUCUACUUUGUCACCUUCCUCUUUGACCAAACUGCAGAACACACAUAAUUCCAACGAGAAGAAAGGCAAAAACCCUAUUAUUGCACAAUAUGGCAGAGGUCAGCUCAACUACCCUUUGCCUGAUUUUUCCAAAGUUGGUCCCCGGGUCCGAUUUCCUCGUGAUGAGCAGAGUUAUCGUCCUCCUCAGCCACGCAGGCCAGAAAACCAAGGCCAAAAUGCUGCUGUUCUCUUAAAAUCACCAGCAGACAUAGUAAGAGAGGUCCUGCUGAGCAGUGUUAAAAAGCCCAUCCAAGAACCAGCCAUUCCACCCACUGUACCACAAGAAUUCAAAACUCCAAAGCAAGCUACCGAACUUGUUCAUCAGUUACAGGAGGAUUAUCACAAGCUGCUCACUAAGUAUGCAGAGGCUGAGAAUACCAUUGACCGUCUGCGCCUGGAAGCUAAAGUACAUCUUUACUCUGACCCUGCACAACCAAGCCACAGUGUUCAAAUGGGAAACAGUCAUGCAAGGAUCAAAAGUCAUGAGUUCACCAUACCUCAUGCACAGGCAGCAACCUUCAGCUCAGUCAAUGAGGACAAUGUCAUAACCAAAAAUGACACAGGUUCCUCUGCUCCACUGAAUCAGUCAGAGAGUCCCUCAGAUGCCACUUUACCAGGUACUUCAGGUUCUUCCUUUCUCCAAGGACCCGAAGACAGUGCUUCCAUUUUAGGAUCACACCUGGAGACCCUUCAUAGGGAGGUUGACCUCUUUGAGGGGCUCUUGCAAGGGGGAACCCUGACUCCUGAAGAACAACAACAGGCUGUGCAAGAGCUCCGUGGCUCUUUAGCUGUACUGGAACGCAGGUACUUACAAGCCCAGGAGCAAUAUCGCCAAGAACAGCGACGCUCUGGGCAUCCAUCUCGGGAACUGGAUCCACAAAGAGAACUUGAAGAAGCCAUAUUCCAACUUGGAGUCCAACUGGAUGAGCUACAAGAAAGAGUAGACCAUUCUGCCUUGUCCAGUCCCAGUACAGACCUCACACAUACUACUCACCAUUUAGAUAAUGCCUCAUUGCCAUCAGCAGUGGUGCCUAUUCCAACAACUCAGACCCCGUACCCACAGGUCACAUCUCCAGGGCCCCCUGGACUCACUGGUAAUGGUAUGGAUACAUCAUAUAAGGAGGAUCCAGAAGAAUAUUUACCUCAGCCGCUCCAAUUUAAACACAUGCAGCUAGAAAGGGAUUAUGGCACUUUGCUAUCCACAUAUAGCAGCUUUAAGUCCCUUCCUGAUGCUCUGGGACUGGAGCAGGACGAGUGGCCUCAGCAACCACAUGAUCUCCAAAAUGGCAACCCCGAACAGCGGCAGUUUCAAGCCUCCAGAUCAGAGGACCAUGCACAAGCUGGAAGACCACUGGGACCGAUAACCCCUGUUAGUAACUAUAGUCAUCAUGACCAUAAACGGGCUGUCAACUCACAAGAACGCCAAUUAAAAGCUAAGGCAAAGCGCCAGUCUCCAAGAAGCCGCCAACAACGUCAUUCAAGGUCCAUUACUCCUCAGAACUUUCCACAGGCUGGCAGUCCCACCGAUGAUAGGCAUGUCAGUAGCUCAGCUAGUGGCACCAAUGUACCCAUCACAUCAUCUCACACAGAGCAACGGAGAGCAUCUUCUGUGUCUAGCAAACAUGGCAUUGUUCCAGAAGAGGAAACAUCAUCAUCCAGAAGGAUGUCGUAUGGGUCCAAGACUUUUCCACAACGUGUAUCACGGAGCUCCCCAUUGCCGCAGCUGAAAGAACAGUCUCCUCGGACCCCCACCACCGAGCUUUCCAUCAGCGAGGGAAGCAUCCAGGGAUCCCCAUCUCAUAAAAGCAGUAUAAGCAUGAAGCAUGUCAGCCCUUCAGGUCACAGAGAGUCACCAAGGACUCAUAAAGGCAUUACACAGAGAAGGAUUUUGUCCCCAGAAACUGAUAGUGGUUUCCUUGGAUCAGAGAGUGGACGGUCCUUCCCGCUCCAGAAACAGAGACACCAGCUGAGCCUAAACAGAGUGGACCUCCCUGUAGCAACACAAGAUUCUUCUAAUUUGGCUGUGAAAAAUGAAAGGCGACGCUCUAAAAAUGGCAGCAGUAACUUCUCUGGAACCCAAAAAGUGCUACGUGACAAUAGAAAACAAGCAAACACCUGGAUGGGUCCUUCGGAAGCCAGCUCUCCCUCCCUGGGGCCCAAGAGCCUGACUGACAGUGAGAGCCGGGAAGAGAGCCACACUGAUGAAUCAGAUUCAGAACAGGAAAGAUCAAAUGAUGGUAUUGUUAAUGUGUCUUCUGGAGCCUCUCUGCUUCCUUCACCUACGAACGAGCCAUCCCAGCCUCUCCGGAACGUUAUGGAGUCUCGCAUAGCCAGAGAUGAGGCCAUCCACAGUUUACAGAAGGAAGUGACUCAGCUCCGUCACCACCUAGAGAACAGCCUGAACCGCUCACCAGCCCGGGGGAAGUUAUGGAAGCCAGCCAUUGUUCAGAAGCAACAUGAUGAGGAAGAUCCUCACUUUUCCCCUGGCUUGAAUUCAGCUAUGUACAGCCAUAGGGCUCCAGUAAAUGACUCAAGAGCAGAACACCGGUGAGAGAAACUCUGUGCCACAUGACCAUGGCCCUACUCACCAAGCUACACAGGGAGGAAAAGGAAUCCAAGGGCCAUAUACAGGAACACGGUACCGAUUUUCAGAUCCCAUACCAAUUCACACAACUGAACAUGUCAGUGUGCCGGAUUGCCAGAGAUGCCAAGAAUCCGAAAGAAAGAAGCACGUUACCAUGAAAACAUCAAAGGAGGAGGAGAGUGUCCCUCCUACACACCCAGCCUGUCCAUUAUGUAGGGAGAACGGAUCUGAUAAUGCACCAAAAACUGAAAUGACUGAUGGUGAACACAGGCGUCAUCGGAGGCAUCAACAUUGCCAGCAUUGGUAUACGAGUCACCCUCCUCCGGUCGGCUACAUACCCCCUCCCAUUGUGCCUUACAGCCCUCCCGUCAUAUACAGCACUCCACCUGGCAUCUAUGUUCCUGCUGGAUAUAAUGUCGCUGAUGUUCGUUCUUCAUUUUCAAGGGCUCCUUCCCCCAUUUCAGACAUCUUGGCUUUGGAUGAUUUAAGCCGGGCACUAGAAUCAGCCAAAGAAAUGAAAAUAACCAGCAAACGAAUGUGCCGAUCUCUGACCAUGGACCUCAGCAUGAAGCGUAGUCUUCGCGGUUCCUGCCUCUUUUAG